AUGGCGAUCGUAACGGGAGAUCGAUAUCUGGAGAAUUUGGAGAAGUUCCUUGAAGAGAAAGCUGAAUCGCUUAUUGAUGGUACCGAUGUUCUUAAACUGAAUCCCGCGGGUCUUCACUAUGUUCAUCUCCGUCUCGAAUCUCUCCGUGAACUCGAGCGUAUGCUCGCCGGAGCUCCCGUUGACUAUCUCCGCGCUUACGUUUCCGACAUCGGAGAUUACCGUGCACUCGAGCAGCUCCGACGUAUUCUCCGUCUCCUCCCUUCUCUUAAGGUCGUUUCGUCGCUUCCUUCACCGGCUCGUGAUCCUACGCCGCUCUCUCUUCUUCCCUUUGCUAGGCUUAAGGUCUUGGAACUUCGUGGGUGUGAUUUGUCUGCUUCGUCUGCCAAAGGAUUGCUCGAACUCAGACAUACAUUGGAGAAGAUGAUCUGCCAUAAUUCCACUGAUGCGUUGCGGCAUGUGUUCGCUAGUAGAAUCGCCGAGAUUAAGGAUUCACCACAGUGGAACAAGCUGGCUUUCGUUUCAUGUGCUUGUAACCGUCUCCUGCUCAUGGAUGAGUCGUUGCAACUUCUUCCAGCUGUUGAGUCGCUUGAUCUGAGUCGAAACAAGUUUGCAAAAGUGGAUAAUCUUCGGAGAUGUCCCAAGUUGAAACACCUUGAUCUGGGUUUCAAUCAACUUAGAAAAAUCUCUCACUUGAGUGAGGUAUCCUGUCACCUUGUUAAACUUGUUUUGAGGAACAAUGCGCUAACUACAUUACGUGGGAUUGAGAAUUUGAAGUCACUUGAAGGCCUUGAUGUUUCCUUCAAUAUCAUUUCCAACUUUUCAGAAUUGGAGUUCCUUGGGAGUCUUUCAUUCUUGACAGACCUGUGGUUGGAAGGAAAUCCAUUUUGUUGUGCUCGAUGGUACAGGGCACAAGUUCUCAGCUACGUUGCUCUUCCAAAUGAUUUGAAGCUAGAUGGCAAACACAUUGGGAAUAGAGAGUUUUGGAAGAGGCAGGUUGUUGUUACCCGUAGGAAAAGUCAGCCUGCCAGCUAUGGGUUCUACUCUCCAGCUAGAGGUGAAGCUGAUGACGAAGGAAGCUUUAACAGAAAGAAGGCGAAAAUCUAUCGGCUCGCGUCUAUUGAUAGUGAGGAAGAUAGCACUUAUGUGCAUUCCGAUCAAGAGUCUGCUUCAUGCGAACCCGAGACUCAAAGCAAAGAGGAUAAUAUCAAGUCUAAUCAUGGAGCUGAUAUCUUUGGUCUAAUAAAUAAAGUCGAACAGUUGAAGAAAGAACGUUCUGUUCUGUGGCUGCGAGAGUUUAAGGAGUGGAUGGAUCAUCCAUCAGAGGAUUUUGUGGAUGUCAGAAACGACAACUGGAGCAUUGAUUCAGAGAAAAAUUACUACACAAAGAAUAGAAACAGUGCAAACGAUCAUGGUGAAACAUUGAGAUAUGCACCAGGGCCUUUACCAGGGUUCCAAAUUACAGAUCUGAAUCAGAAGCAUCAAGCAUUUUUUCUUGAUGGUAAAGCAGGUGAAAAUGGAAACAUGUCAACGCUGGAUGCUAGUCAGGAAAUGACAGGAUCAAUUUCACCCUCAACAUAUGUGCGAUCACCCCCUCAUUAUCAAAAGGAUGUCUUACACCGACGUCAUAACCUGGUGGAAGAAAUCUUGCAGCUAUCAGCAGAUUCUUAUUCAGUGGCAUCGUCUGAUAGCACGAGCAGCUGCAGUGAAAAUGAAAAUUAUGAUUCUGAGCCAUCAAAUCCUGAACAGGAUACGUUGAUGGAUCAUCUUAAUGGGAAUAGACCCGAGGAGGAGAUUCUGGGAUCUACUAAAAAAGGCACCAGCUUGCUUGAUUCUCAACCAGAGAAAAGUAGCAUCAUAAAGACUUGGAGGGUAGAUGAUUCAUUCAAAGCAAAGACCACUAGAAUUCUUUCUGGACUACAUAAUAGUGAGCUUGCUUCUGGUGUUAACCAGAUUUACCAUUGGUUUGACAAAAGGAAAAGCAAGAGAAAGACUAAAAAAAGAGUUGUUUCUCUACUGGAGGAGAAUAGUUUCAUAAAUAAUGGAGAAACAUCUCAUAGAAGUGAUGCAGAUAUCAGUGAUUCUUGUGACGAUGGGUAUGUUUCUGAUAUUUUACAAGAAGGAUCCAUGACUAAGACUUGUAAUAGCGAGAGCACUACUAGACUUUUGGGAACUGAAAAUUCCCUUGAAGUGAUAGGUGGUCUAGUGGAGGAAUAUUUUAAAACGACACUGUCAGGUUCCACCAUUUAUGAGACUUGUAGGAUUUACGUUAGUUGUGAUUGUAUACUACAGCAAGAAUCCACCUACAAACAGCGGGAAGUAGUGUUGCUGCUGAGUAGCCAAGAAAAACUACAUGUGCUGCUCGUCGGUGUCUCUACUGAUUCACAAGAGAGAAACUUAAGUUUAUUGUGUUCACAUACAAUCGAUGACAUACAAGACGUCUCGGUUGGUCUAGGACUUCAGGUUGUGAGGCUACGCUUUAGGGAGGACGCAGAGUACAUUUUCAUAACGAAGAGCAUUGAAAAAACAACAGCUUUACUCAAUAUCAUAAAAGUCUUGGAUUCUCAGGCUACAGAAUCCAGUUGUUCUUUGGGAAGUUUGGAAAAUGUUCAAGUGGAAUUGUUUGAGAAAGAAAUAUGCAGUGGUUUAAAGCAGAGUAUAUUCCAGUAUAGUGUUCUCCAUUUUCAAAGCAGCAUUCUUGAAGAAGUGUCAUGGCUUUCAAGGUCACUAUUUGUGGCGGGUGGACAUCUUUUCAUAUGCAAUGAAGACUUCAGGCAGCUGAGUUCUCUGCCAAAAGAUGAUUCUUCUGCUCCAUAUUUCUCACUUGACACAAGCUGCUCCAUCUCCGACAUAUCUGAGAUGGUUAUUGAAUCGCGAGGAAGCCCAUGCUUGUCACUGAAGAUCAGUCUGAAGAGUUCAACAUUACAGACCAGACGAAACAUGACAAUGAAUUCUGUAACACGGAAGCUCAAGUUUUUCAGCAUUGACUGUGUACUCAAAUUUGUAGCUCUAGUCAAAGGACUUCACCCGGAUUCGCCUGAGUUCCCGUUGCUUGUAAGGCAUUCGGGUCAGAUAUAA